AUGUAUUUAAUCAAUAAGAUAAAAGAAAUUUUCUAUGAGAAUGAAGAAAGCAACAAUCUAAGAGAAGAAAAAGAAAAAAAAAAAAAAGUCCAUAUUAGUGAGCUAAAGGAUGAAAUAUGGUUGUAUAAGAAUGAAUAUAAUAAAGAACGCCUAAGCGAAGAAUAUGCCAGUGAUUACAAAAGUGAAGAAGACAAUUAUUAUGAUAAUGACGAAAAUGAAAAAAAAAAAAAAGAUCAUUUUUUAGAAGUACCCCUAUUUGAUGAAGAUGAAUGUGGAAGGAACAUAAAAAAAAACUUGAGGCACAUCCGAAGUAAGAAAAUAAAGGCUAUAAAAAGAAACGAGGAAUCAGAAAUAAGUGAGGAGAGUUUAAGUACCACUGAUGAUGAUGAAGAUGUAGAUGAACCGUUUCUUGAUUUAUAUGAGGAACUGAAAAGAGAACACAGCAUAAAAGAGAUCUAUAACCCAAUGCUAAAGCCCCGCUUGUGGCGCUUUGAAUUUUUUAUAAAAUAUAUUCACAAUCUAGAAAAUCAGAUGCAGAAAAAUUUUUAUUUAGUGUCCUUUAGCAAUAACAAAAAAAUAAAUCUUUAUGGAGAUCUUAAGAAAGAACUGUUGUACACCCCUGGGUAUUCUAUAGAGCCAGGAGAAGUUAAAUAUUUAAGAAUUCCACUAACCAUAUGGGAUGAGAAGGAGUUACGAAUAUCAUAUAAUGAUUUACAAAAUUUCGAAAUCUCAGUUGAGAUGUGGUGCAUAAAAGAAUUUGUAUUUAAUGAUCUGUAUGCCUCUUCUAAAAGGACAUUGAAGGAAAUAAUUGAAAAUGAUCCUGACACUAACAUUAUUCUGAAGAGGAAAAUUGAAAAGAAAAAUAUCAUUUUUGAAGCACAGCGUUUAGGGGUUUACAUGCAGUUGUCUGAAAUAUUUGAAUUUCAUAUGGCCUUGGACAGCUGGUGGUUUAUAGCAAAUUCUCAAAUGCCAAGUUACUUAAAGACUCUGCCAAAAUUUUUAAGGUUUAAAUUCCCUUUAAGUGAAGAUGACUGGGUGAUUCACAGCUCUUACAAGUCUUACAAUAAUUUUUGGUUAUAUCCUGGAUACUUUUGUUUUAUUGGAACAUAUCAACAAUUAGCUAAUGCCUUUUUUAUAAUAACAGUACUAUGUUACAACUCUAAUUAUAGGUAUAAACCACCUAUUUUAUUAGGAUCAUGUAUAAUAUCUUUAAAAUCUGUGACAGAAUAUCCAUUUUUCAAAGGAAUUAUUAAAAAGUUAACAUUAGACAAAACAAAAUUUAAACAAGGAGAGAUUGUGGGUAACAUAAAGUGCUUUGUUAAUAGUUAUGGGAUAGAUGAAGGAGACAGUAACAUCCAAAGGCCAGUUCAGCCCUUAAGUGAUGCUACAUUGGUAAAUCAGUUGAUUUUAAAUGACCAUUACUUAGUGAUAAGGAUAAUUAAGUGCGAAAAUCUACCCAUAAGUAGCAUAGACUUAAACAAUGUUAACAUAAAUGUGUGGGUAAAGUGGGACGGUAUAGUUAACAAAACAAAUACUGUGAGUAAAACUACUUCUCCCUUUUUUUAUCAAAAUUUAUAUUAUCCUAUAAGAUUAGUUGAUAAAAAAGAAUUAACAAAUGAAAAUCUAAUUAGGAAUAUACUUCCAGUAGAUUUAAUUUCCAAGGGAGAAAUAUGUUUUGAAGUUCAUAAUAAUAAUGAAAUAUAUUCAACAAUUUUAGGUAUUUUUGAAUUACCAUUUUCUGAUAUAUUUAAUUAUGGAACGUAUGACUAUAGGUCCUUGGCACAGGAGAGUGCUAAGAGCAGUUCUAUGUAUAACGAUUAUAAGGACAAUUAUGAAGCAAUCAGUGGUGGCAUGAACGUUUCAAGCGAUAACUAUGAUGAUUAUUAUGUGAGGCAAUAUAAAACUAUUGUUUAUAAGAACACGUUAGAACUGAUGUAUUCCAAGGUGCACUUAAAAUCAUUAAACAAAGAAAACAUACAGACAAAGAGAGAGUCAACCAUUUCAGUGGAGGCAUUCGUGAUACCUCCUCUCCCUAGCGACUUGAUUUUCUUAAAAGAAAACAGAGUUCAAAAUUCUUCGGCAGUCUACAAAUCUAUGUCAAAAAGGUGGGAAAAGGAUUUUGGGAAAUUUAAUGAUACGUACCUCCAGUGGUUCCCGAAGGCCAUUAAAGAUAGAAGCUUUCCCUGUGUAAGCAGAAACGACUUCGACAACAAUUUGUAUCCACUAUGUAGUUUCAUCACAUCAAUUAAUUUACCUUCUCAAGUGUCCACACCCGGACCUUUAUUCCAUUGGCUAAAUAACAUUGAGUAUAUUGAAAAUGAAGACGAGUCAUCGAUUUUUACGCCGCCUUAUUUUUUCUUGUCAUAUAAAAAAGGAACAAUACAAGAUCACGUUAUUUUGUUAUGUUGUUGUCUAAAAGGGCUAGAGUACGACGCGUACGUUUGUAAAGGGACCAUAAACAACGGGAAGAAUGAGCACUACUGGGUCAUGACUAGACACGAAGAGGGGUGGGUUUGCUUUUGGGAGGUUACAAACAAGUCGAUUAUCCAUUUAAAGAAUCGAUGGAAUAACAACAAUUUUUUAAAGAAUUCGGAAAUAAGUCUUCAAAAUGAAAUGAUAAAUAAAAUAAACAAUAAUGAUAAUGAAAAAUAUUAUAGUGGAGAGUAUUUGAUGAGUUUUGUUAAAUAUGGUAUGGAAGAAUUAAAAAAUAGAGAGAGGGAAAUAAAAGAAGAGUAUAAUUUAAAAGAAGAAAAUAAGUUAUAUACUAUGGAUAUAUAUGGAGACAAUCAAAUGAAAGAUGAGAAAGUAAAUAUUGAAGAGAUAUUACAUAAUGAUGAAGAAUUUUAUAACAUGUUUGAAGUAAAAUAUGAAAAAAAUGAAACCUAUAAUAAUAAUAAGGCGUUAAAAUAUUUAUUAGAAAAUUUUUCUAGAUAUAUACCCAUUUCUCCAAAAAUGUUUUUACUCGAUUAUGAAAAUACAUUAGCUUAUGUUCCCUACUCAUCUAUUGAGGUAAUUUUUAAUGAUGAGCAGUUAUAUGGAAAUAUGCAAAAUCACCACCCUGCAUGCAUUUUGUAUGAUUUAGAAAAUAAUUACCACUGGAGACCUUUUCUAAACCAGUCCCCUACCCAGAUAAAGAACGAGAUUACUAUCUCGACUCCGCUAAGCGACAAGCUUUCGGUAAAAUAUACAAACGAGUUGGAAGAAGAAAUUCAAGAGAUGAUACAUUUUAUGCGAAAUAAUGAAGGGUUAGAAACAGACUUUGAAUAUUCAAAAGAGAUAAGAUAUUUUUUAGAAAUGUAUAUUGAUUUAUGUGAAUAUAAAUUAAACCUGGAUAAUAAUUAUAAUACAAAACCUGAAAAUUAUGAAUGGUCAGAACAAAAAGGUAAAGGUGAUAAUAUUCAAAAGGGGGAUAAUAGACAAGGAAGCCAGAAGGGAGAUGAAAAUUUAGAUGAAGAUGAAAAUGAACAAAAUGUUUAUGAAACAGGAAAAAAAGGGGAAAAAAAUGAUAAUGCAGAAUUAAAAAGGACAUGGUCUCAAUACAAAAAUGAUUACUAUCCUAAUAUAGAAGCUCAAUAUAUAAAUAAGGAAGAAUUAAAUUUUUAUAAUUCUUAUCAUCCUACGAGAAAUAUUGAAAUGAUGAACAAUGAAAGAAAAAGACACUUAAUUAAUAUUCCUGAUGAUUAUAUAUAUGGGAUGAAUGAUGAAAUUUAUAGUAAUGGAAAAGAGCAGUACAUAAGAAAUUAUGUAUUUAGUAAAGAUAGUACUGAUAUACUUAAUAAUUUUGAUGAAAGCGUUAGGAAAAAAAAUAUAAAGCGUUUUAAUAAUACUGCAGUUCAUUACUUAGAGAAUGUUGAAGAUAUAGAUAAAAGUUUAGGUAACAUUUUUAUAGAUAUGAAAUCAGAAAUGUAUAUUAACCAACUGUACAAUGCAGACAGCAAAGUGAAGAACGAAUACAGAACAGAUGAUCGGAAUACCUUUAUUGAUGAAUCAAAAAUGAAGGGAGAGGCAAUCAAAUACAUAAAGAGAAAUGAAGAAAACAUUCAAAGCAUUAGUAGCAGCUAUACGAGAGGGACUUACAAUGUAAAGGAUAUAAAUAUAAGCUCAAGUAAACAAAAGACAUAUGCAAAAGAUAACAAUGAAGAAGAAAAAUAUGACGAAAAUGAAGAGGAAUUAUUUAAGGAGGUGAAAGAAAAAUAUGACGAAAAUGAAGAGGAAUUAUUUAAGGAGGAGGUGAAAGAAAAAUAUGACGAAAAUGAAGAAAAAUUAUUUAAGGAGGUGAAAGAAAAAUAUGACGAAAAUGAAGAAAAAUUAUUUAAGGAGGUGAAAGAAAAAUAUGACGAAAAUGAAGAAGAAUUAUAUAAGGAGAUAAAAGAAAAAUAUUACUACGAUGAAGAUUUUUGUAGUCUUGAAAAGGAGGGACAUUCUACUAAUAAGGUUCUUCCCAACAAGUUUAUAAAAAGAUACAAUAAACAGAAUAACAAUUUAUUUAUACUCCAAAUGAGCUUAAGAAAGAAAGAAAAACGCAUAAAGCAAGAAAUGGUUGAUGUGAAAUUGAAAAAGAUAAACAAACCAAAGGAUAAGAUGAGUAAAAAAACAUUCUGCAGUUUUAUAGAUACGCAGGAAUUUCUAAAGUGUAGUCUGAGUAGUAAAGAAAUCAGGAUGAGCAGGGAAAACAUGAAUAAUAAAGAAAGCACGAAAAGCAUUGAACAGCUUAGUAGCGAAUGUUUGAACGAUUCAAAACGCGCUCCCCCAAUAUAUGAGGAAUGUGUUAAUAAUAGACAUACGUUUAACGGGUACUUUAUUAUUCCCUCGAAGGGGAAUUAUACAAAUGAAAAAAUGAAUAAUUCCGUUAAUAAAGAAUUUUUAAACGAUAAUAAGAAUCAUACUAAUUAUUCUUUUGAAGGAACAAAGAGUAAAGAAGAAAGCCCAAAUGGUGGGGCAACAACUGGGACUGGAGAAAUAAGAAAAAAAAAGGAAAAAACAGAAAAAAUAGAAUUAUCUGGUACGAACAUAAACAGUUCAAGAGAUACACUCCUAACCAGCACACUAUACACGUGCUCUUUAAGCAAGAAUGAUAACACAUAUCAUCAGUGUUGUAAAGAAAAUAAAAAAGGUUACUUCGAAAUUAAAGAAAAAUUAAUCAGCUUGGUUGAUAAAUAUAAAAGAAGACAUAAUAUAAAAGCAAUGGAAAAGAAAAGUUCAUGUCGUAGAGGAAUGUACGGGGAUGAAUAUGAUAUGACAAGAAUGAAAAAAAAUAUAUUUAAAUGUAAAAUUAUUUUAUUCAAAUGUAAGUUUAAGAAAAAAGAAGAGGAGAAGAAAAAGGAGCGAGACACAGGAGAAAAGGAAAACUUUAUAGAUUUUACAAAAAACUCCUUUUCCUUAAGCAACAGAACGCUCAUCGAAAAAGAAAAUUCUACUUCAUUAAGUGAUAGAGAAAUAGUAAGUCUAAACAAACGUAAAAAUUUCCUUCAUCAGAAUAAUCACCAAAUGUAUAGGGACUCAAAUUUCCUGGAUAUGAAUAAUGGCCAGGCAGGGGUAAAUCAAAAUAAUUAUAGAGAUGAAUUACAACAACAGACCCCAGGGUAUCCGGUGGCUCAAAGCAACAACAUAGUUAAUGAUCCUAGUAACAUAAUGCAAAAUAGUGAAUUUAGUGGAAAAUUUAAUGAAUGCGUUCAGAAUAAAAGUAUGAACAAAGAAUGUGGGCAAAAUGAAAAUGAUGAAAGUGCAUCCAAAAAAAAAUAUACUUUAACAUCACCACCUAAAACAUGGUCAAGAUUAAACUCAACAUCCAAAUAUGUUGCUCAUCAAAUUUCCCAAUGGAGAUGGUACUACUCAUUGGAAGAGCAGUACUUUAAUUGGCAAUACUACAAAUUUCCCGUCCCCCCAAAUCACACAUUUGUUGGAUUUCCUAUCCAUUUUUCGACAAUCGACUUCACCGAAGUAAAAUCCUUUUUGUUACAUUCUAAACGAUUUGAAAACAUCAUAAAGUUAUCAAUAGAUAACAUUUCAUUUGUCAUAUAUUGUAAAGUUUAUCCUUUAAUAAGUGGAGUCAUGUCCAAUUGGGUAUUUUUAGGAUGUUUAGUCCCAUGGAUGACUGCCCAAGAAAGGGAAACUAAAAUGAAAAAAACCCCGAAAAAAAAUGUUAACAGGAGAUAG